AAAAAAAAGCCCUAAUCUAAUCUGCAUAAUUAUCUGAAAAACACAUCCCCUUCCCUUUUGGCUUUUGCUACCUUACCUGCUGACUCCCGAUUAUCUUCCUUCUUCGUCAAAUUAAAAAAAAACCCCCGUAAAUAGCAAAAUCUUCCCCCUUUCGUUGCCGUUACCGAAAGCGUGAUUGCAACACAGCGGCCAGCCAACACUUCUGCACCACUCGGCGUUCAUCUUCCCCCUUUCGUUGCCGAAAUCUGCCAUUCCUCCAUUCGUUCAUCUUCCUCUCAAAGCCAAAGGAUGAUUAGAUACGAGGGUUAGCUUGGGAGAAACCAAGGGUGAAAACUGAAUAUGGAUUUGUGUCUGUUCAAGCAAGAUAUUGACGAUCUUAUUCAUGAGUUUGUUGAGAGUGAAUCAUCAACUUUGAAUGACAUGAAGAGAAUAUGGUUAUCCAUGAAAUUCUCAUACAUUUACGAGGCCAGUCCUUCUACAAACCUAGCUUUCUUUAUGCAGUCACUCUAUGCCCACACUAUCAGUCACAUGGUCAAUGUUGAUUCUUUAACUUGCAGACUUGGAGGACUCUAUUGCCUCUACUGCCUCUAUGAAACUCAACCAUUCAAACCGCCUUUCAAGAUUUAUCUCUCACUCCGAGAGAUGGAGAAACUUAAAACCCUCGUUGCUGAGGCAAAAGAAAUGGGUAUAAAAGUAGUGCCUGCUUUGGUCAAAAGGAUGAUGGAAACAAAUAUGUUUCUGUUUGGGUUUGUGGACUUAAAUGAAGGCUCGGUUAGUGAGACGAUUAACAGUUUGACGAAAUUACAGGAUGCACGUAUACAAGUUGCGUAUGAGAAGUUGUUUACCGAUACUGCGAUUGAGCAAUACAUCUCAAUGGACUUGGGUAGGGAGGUUGACCUCAAUAUGCUAAAGAAAAUGUCCACCGAAUAUGAAGUGGCGAAGAGAAAAGCCAUUGAAGAGGCUGGAAAGGUGGUGGAUGUCCAGAACAUAAAGUAUAUAUCAGAAAACGAGGAACCUCUAAGCGAAAUAGUUGAAAAGAUAGAUGCGAGCUGGAAAAACCAAAGAGAAGCAUUUUAUCAACGGACCGGAUUGACCCCCCAAAAUCCUGCAGAACCACAGCGGCUGCAGUUACAACUGAAGGAAGGCGAUGCAGAGAACAACGAUGCCGAUGAAUUUUAUCAACUACUGUAUCAACAUGAUUGAACCCUCUACCUCAAGAAUUCAUUUUAAUUAACAAAUGUUAGUGAUGGUACCGUCGUCGGUAUCAUUUGUAAUUAUCUUAGUAAAUAUUGAAAUUUGAAGUCAUUGUUCAAGCAUAGAAUCAGGAACAUGAAAAAUGUCCCCAUUUUUCACAUUGGAUAAGCACCAAUGUUGCCACAA